CAGCGGGACGUUUCGGAGAAGAUAAACAAAAAGGAAGGAAGCCUUCGGCUAUACAAUCGCGGCAAACUCGGUUUUAAAAGAUUGAGCUUGCAGGCUACAAUUAGCAACUACAUGUGCCCUCGCUUAGAUAAAUACCAAUAGACGUUUACAAUCAUGGAAGAGGGAAUAAUAUUUCGUAUGAGUGCAUUCUCGGAGCAAGGGGGGAGGAAAUACAUGGAGGAUGUUGUCGAUAUUAGAAUCGAGUACGAGCCGACUCAGUCGCCGACGCCAGGCGAAGAUUACCCUAAAUUGCAGGGACAAGGAGGACAGGGAAAGGCAGAGAGUGGAGCUACAAAACAGACUGAAAUUGAGACACACGACCAGGACGUUGCUGCGGAGUCCGGCCCGGCUUCUGCAAUGUGGGUAGAGAGCGUACCAAAUGAGGACAGUGCACCGGUAUCAGAGGGAAAAACCUCGGAGCAUACUGUCGACACUCGAAAGUCUGUGGCUUUUUUCGCUGUCUUUGAUGGCCACGGGGGUCGAGAAGCGGCACAUUUCGCCAGAGAAAAUCUGUGGGGGAUAUUGAAAAGGCAGCGAGGCUUUUGGUCGAAGGAUCACAGUGAAGUGUGUGCUGCCCUGAAGAAAGGCUUCAUCGCCUGUCACCAUGCAAUGUGGAAAGAGCUACCGGAGUGGCCAAAGACUAUUACCGGCCUUCCCAGCACAUCAGGCACCACAGCCAGCGUGAUUGUGAUCCGCGGGGUUCACAUGUAUGUUGCCCAUGUGGGGGAUUCGGCAGUGGUGGUUGGGGUGAGAGAAAACGACUCUGAUAUAACCCUCCAGGCGCUUGAAAUAACACAAGACCAUAAACCUGAGCUUCCUAAGGAAAAAGAAAGGAUUGAGCGGCUGGGUGGCAGCGUUAUGAAGAAAUCUGGCGUGAACCGUGUAGUCUGGAAGAGGCCAAGGCUGACCCAUAACGGCCCCGUGAGGAGGAGUACAGUCAUUGACCAGAUCCCCUUCCUGGCUGUGGCCCGAUCCCUCGGUGAUCUGUGGAGCUACGAUUUCUACAGCGGGGAGUUUGUGGUUUCUCCAGAGCCCGAUACAACCAUGAUGACCCUUGACCCCAGUCGGCAUCACUUCAUCAUACUCGGCAGUGACGGACUGUGGAACAUGAUGCCGCCCAAGAAUGCUGUCAAUAUGUGUUAUAGCCACGACAAAAUGGUGGGACCAAAGGGAAUGUCCUGCGCCCGCCGGCUGGGCUGCACCGCUCUACUUUUUUGGAAAGAGCGAAUGCUGCGUGCAGACAACACCACAGUUAUCGUCCUGGCCCUACAGGAGCGUGGGGGCCCGCCCAUCCCCAUGCAUCGAGACGAGAUCGUCGUCGACAUGUCUACAGGAAUGGACCACGUUCCGUUCCCAGGAACUACUUACAACACAUGUGUGGUCCCACAGAGUGGAGCAGCUUCCUCCCCUUUUAAAGGAAGUUCCGCAGCUCUGGAGAAGGCGUUCGGGCUGUACGAAGCUGCUUUCUGUGACUCUGCAAGGGCUGCACCGCACCCCUCGGACUGUUCACUGAAUGUCUUCGAAAAGCAAGACUCCAAAGUGGACUGUGCUACUCCUCCGUUUAAAAGGUCUCGACGUUCCCACAAUUCCCCUGAACUUAUAGGUCCUCCGUCCUCUGGCAACAGUUUCCCGGAGACGAAGAGCAAUGUACAAAGUGAACAAUCCCGUCAAAAGAGGAGCUCCUCCGAGGAAAGCAGUCACCUGUCACAGCAACACAAUGCUGCCUUGUGCGUGUGCUGAAUCUUGUCUGAUAGAAACAGUGUUUUUACCCCGAGGCAGAAAGGAUCAUCAUGUCAACUGCCAGAGGAAUAAACCUAGAUGUAUACUUUUUUAUUCAAAAUCUUUUUGUUUUUGUAAAUAUAUGAGAAAUCUGAGCUUGUAAAUGUGCUGCUGUUCUCUUCCUGACCCCUCCUUUUAAAUGUGACUAUUUUCAUACUCAUGAGUAUGUAUAGUAUAUCCAAAAGAUGUAUUUUACAAACACAAUCUGACAUAACAUCAGUGUAACAGCAUUGUGCCACAUGAAAUCUUCCAGUAAAUGUAAUUAUUCAGUUUUUUUAUUUUACUUGUUGUAUAAAAUGCCUUUUCUUUAUAUGGGUACCUCAGACCAGUUGUUUGGAAACUGUUAGGGGUUUAUUUUUAUUGUUAAAUUGUGUGCAAUAGAAACCCCUGGCAGUGGUUAAUUAAUGAUCUGGGCUUUGGAUUUUUAAGUGUUUCAUAUUUGUUUUAUGUCCUUAAACGUGGCUUCUUUUGAUGCAUAGCUUGUGAUGACAUGUUAAAGGGUAAUUUCACCCAAAUCAGAGGGAGAAAUACAACAUAAAAUAUUUUCUUUCACUUUCCCCAAUCGUAUUUAUUCAGUGCAUGUGUGAUUUUCAAUGACCAUAUCAUGGUACUUUGCUAGACUUCUUUUUGUUUUGCUGGAGAUGUUUUAAUCUAUUCCAAGCAUGAUUUUGGCCAAUCGGUGUUGGUAAUGUAGCGUGUGCUGCUGAAGCAAAGAUCUAUACCUGUGCCUCACUGGAAGGUGCACUAGAGUCUGCUCAUCUCUUGACUUUAGUUUGUAUAUCAUCUUAUCAUUAAAGGCAUAUUUCACCUACAGAUUGAUCAAUAGUAUACCAAGUACUCACCCUGUGUAAAUUCUGAAGGCUAAGUCUUUUUUUUGCAUGCCAGCUGGGCAAAAAGAAUGAAAAAAGCAGGGAAAGGUCUUGAUGAAUUGAAGUAGACGGGGCUGCAUUUAACAGCAUCAAAAUGACGUCUUAGUAUCCUUUUGCAAACUCUUACGCACCAUGUGUAGUAAAUCCAAUUCUUAUUUAUCAAGUCGUAUGCUCCUUACUUCACAAAAAAUAUGCAAUUUAAGUACAACCAUACAAUUUAAUACACUUCUACAAAAAUGAGCUAUUCCAAAGUGUAUUAAAUGGUAAAGAUUAGUGUAAAAUGUGUAGUGAGUCAGUUCGUAAAUAUAUAUUUUGGUAUUGUUUUGAUGUUGUUUAAAGUGGCUCCUAUUUACAUUAUUUCAUCGACUUUUGUACAUUUUUUGAUUACUAGUUUUUUCAAGAAUAAUACAGGGUGAGUCCCUGGGAACAUUUAUGUUGUGGGUGAAGUUUUCUUUAAUGGACCUUCCUUUUUGUUGACAUAUGUUGUAUCCAUUUGUGUCAUUUGCCUCCAUAACGUGUUAUAAAUCUUCACAUAACACACCUUAUUGUACAAAUGCAGGAAAGGCCUGUUUCAUCAUGUGUGUACAUAGAAAAUGUGUUAACAUGGCAGCUCAGUUACUGUUUAAGCUGAUUUGUUUGCCUUCCUUUUACAUACAAUUGUCAUGGUUGCCUUAGCAAAAAAAAUGCAUCAAGAGGUAAUUUUUACUUUUUUUUAAUAUAUAUAUAUAUUUGGGACUCAAACGGGUGUGAUCCUCUUAGAUAUUUUACUAUAAGUACAUCAAACACUUAUCAUGCACCUUCAGUAUUACACCAAUCUUAUUUCUCCAUCCACUACAGAAUACUAAACCUGGUUUUUCAUGCAAGAGCAGUUUGUUGGUUGUGUGCAGUAUAUGCAAUAUAAGUUUGUACAGUACAUUAUUAUGCAAAGUUACUGGAGAUUUUUUAGGAGUCUGGCAUGCUCCCAUCUACUCUGUAUGUUUUGAAAUGUCCAGAGCUAAUAGGUGUUAAUGGGCAUGAAUUUUGUUUUUGACAAUGACAAUACUUUUGGGUUUGGUUUCAUAUCCACUGCAACCCAGUUUUCAGGACUAUCUGUAUAAGCUAAUGUGUUGAAAGUGACUGGAUAUACCGCGUCUGUGUGUUGUAAUAAAGUUCUCUUUUCCAUUUGGUGCUGUUA